AUCGGCGUAUUUGGUGUUCGAACAAUGGUUGUUGCUGCCGUUCAAUGUUAUAGAACAAGCGAAAAUACAGCAUCAGAAACAACAGCAACACUAACAACGACAUCGGCGACGUCGUUUUCAGACGCGAAUAGUAACUGUUCAGAUUUUGAAGCAUUAAGAACCAAAAACGCUGAGAGGCAACAAGCAACUGCAGAAGUGGCCGUUACGAACUGCAACAACAACAACAAUCACAACAUUGAUAAACAUAAUACAUCCAGCAACAUUAACAACAACAUGUCUGAUACAAUAGAUGCAACCACCGCUACCACAGCCACCACAAACCCAGUCGUUGUAGCCGCCACCAACACCAUGAAACCCCCUACAGCCGCAACAGCCGCAGCCGGUACGCCCAGUACGGUCGACCCUCCAAAUGCACUCACGAAAAGUGCAGUGAGCCAGCGUAACGUGGAUAUCAGAAUCGAGAAGACAUCCAACGUGGAGGCGGCCACACAACAGCUUACAAAAAAAGUGCUAAAACUAGAUCUGGGCGGCAAGAAUCUGGAUGAAUAUUCACUCAAGUCGCCAAAGUCACCAAUCGCGGCCCGUUUGCCGCAUCAAACAUCGUUGACAUCAUCGGUGGACGUCGAGGAUCGCAAAACAUUACGAGAGGCCUUAUAUCAGGGUAUUUUUCAUCGACAUCGUCGCACUAUAUUCGCCGUGGGCAGCUUCCUGCGCAUGCUGCGCAGUCGCAACUCGCAAUAUAACACAAUUCGCAGCUCGUCUGAGGGCGAGGACAUCGAUGAGUUUCUUAAGGCACGGAAACUUUUAAAAUUAUCGCACUUCUUCGAUCGCUAAGAAAGGUUCGGAAUCAAAUUUGAAUAAGUUUGUAAAUGCAUAUUUAUUAUACUCUUGGAAUUCAUCAAUAAACUAAACAGUUGGAGCUUUAUUAUCC